AGUUUUCUAUUUCCUCCUUAGGUUUCCCUCCGCCUUUGUGAAUGAGUGUUACUCUGCUUCUGUUCCAGUCUUGCCAAGACGAACAGACAACAGGAGGUGCCGUUGUAAAGGCAACACCUCCGGCACCAGCGGCAUCAGUCACAUCACUUCAUGGGGAUGGCUUCGCGGGUGCUAAGUGUUUUGGCGCCUGGCGAGUCUGUGUUAGCGUGACAGUGGCGGAGAACGAGGUAUUAUUAACGUUAAAGCCACAGAGGAGCUAGGAACAGCCACAGUAAGCCAGGGCAAGGAGCGGCAGGGCCAGGAGGGUGCCUGGUGUGAGGCUCCUGUACCCUUACCCAUGGACCGCAAGGUGCUGCAGACCUCCGCCGAGACGCGCCGGGCCAUCGUCACCCUGCACACCCGCGGACUGAGCAACGCCGAGGUAGCGAGGCAGCUAGGGGUGAGCACCCGCACCGUGUGGCUGUGGGUGCGGCGCUACAGGUCCACCGCCAGCCUGAAGGACUCCCCCAGGGCGGGGCGGCCGCGCGGCACCACGCCCCGCCAGGACAGGGUCAUCGCGGAGGCCAUCAAGGCUGACCCGUUCACCACGGCUGUCGACAUCAAGCAGGAGCACAACCUCCCCUGCUCCGUCCAGACCAUCAGGAACAGGAUGCACGCCCUCAGGAGGACCAGCCAUGCCCCCGUCAAGCCUGGUCACACCAAGGACAAGCCAACAGGCGCAUCAAUAGAGACAGCCCCACCCUGCCCCCCUCCACUCCUUUCUUUCCCUGCCUCAUCCAGCCUCACAGAAGCUCUUACAACCCCUGUCAAGAAAGAGUUUGACAGUGAUGCAGAAACUUCACCUUCUCCCAGUAAUUCAUCGUCCUCUAUCACAUCCUCCUCCUGGACUGUCCCCCAUUCCCAGAAAAGAGGGGAAGAGGGUGCCCCAAAUUGUAGGAUAAGCAGGAUAGACAAUGAGAUAGCGAGUGUGAAGGCUGAGCCCCUGUGUGAAGACAGGCCAGAAUGGGCAACAGUAUGGAUUAAAAAGGAGGAGGAAGAUAACGACUAUAAGGUGGAGGUGGAAGAUGAAGCAGUGGAAGCAGAGUACACAGCUGUCACACCUACUGAUGCUCAAGGAAUUAAUGGAUGCACCUCGGGCAGCGGACGGACACUCAACAACAGUGAAAGGCGCCCAGUCAGUCCCUCCGCAGACAGGAGACGGAAAUGUCCACGUCUGGCCCCGCCUGAAGCUGACUUCCCCUGGCAGAAGGCAACAGCCACAGCCUCCCCCCAGCAAGCCUUGGAAGCUGCACCACCACAGGGCAUCCCUCUUGUGCACUCCCCUGAAGAGGUGUGUCCCUCCCCUGCCUCACCUGCAGUGCUUCUCUCAGAUACAGAAGAUCAGCAUUCCAUUGUUCUUUUAGAUCCUGCAAGGGAAUCCCCCACACACAUCCAUUCUGACUCAGAGGAAAGUGAGGGUUCAGAGUUGCAUCCUGAGGGGUCUGAAGCCUUUCCCUUCAGGGACAUCUUCUUAGACAGUGACUCCUCCAGCAUUGAGUCUGAGGAUGAGGAGGCCAGGGCAGGCCCUCCACCCCCAGGGGAAAUAGUAAAUGUAAUGUGGAACUGGGUGAAGGGAGACUUUGUUCCUGAUCUUUUUCCAUUUGAUGCCUCUGGCAGUGGUGUUUCAAGUAAGGUGAAGAUCACCGAAGGGAGCUCAGAACUCGACUGUUUUAUGCAUUUCUUUGACACACCUAUAAUGGGUCUGAUCAGCCGGGAGACCAAUAAGCAGUAUCACUUUAUUACAAAAAAACAAAAUUUGUUAUAUGUGAAUGGGUGGCAGGAUGUUACCUUGAAUGAGCUUUACUUGUUCCUGGGCCUCUGCAUGGCCAUGCCACACAUCAGUAAUGGGGACAAGAGUGAUUUCUGGUCCUCACUCCCUGGCAUCCAGGCGCCCUUCCUCUUCAGGUUCAUGCCGGAGGCCCGCUACAAAAUAAUUGCCAAGAUGCUUCACUUCUCCAGCAACUCUGUCCGCCUCAAGGAUCCUCUGGCCAAGAUAAGACCCGUCUACAAACACCUGAAGAAGAGGUUCAAGGAAGUCCUUCAUCCCUUCAGGAACAUUGUGAUUGAUGAGAGUCAAUUGUUGUUCAAGAGUAGACUUGCAUUCCGCCAUUCCAUCCCAACCAAGGAACACGAUUAUGAGGCCAAGACCUACGUCCUGUGCGACUGCAAGACUGGCUUCAUCAUGGACUUCCUUAUUUACUCCAGCAGAGCAACCGAAGGAGCCAGCCACGACCCGCAUGGCACAUCAGGGGCCAUAGUGAAGCGGCUGUUGGAGCCUCUGUACGGGAGGGGACACACCCUGUUCGUGGGCGGCUGGUGCACGAGUGCACCGCUGUUCCACUACCUCCUCACAAAGAGAGUUGGUGCCUGUGGGAUAAUGAAGGCCGACUGCAGAUAUUGUCCACAGUUUGAAUAUGUGCCUCGAGGGUCAAAUGUCCAGUACCAUGCCAAUAAUGUUCUUGCGGUAAGGUGGCAUCAUAGGACUAAAAAGAAGCAUCUUCUAAGCACCGUGCAUGGAUGUGAUGGAUCCAAAGUAAAUAAGCCGCAGCCAUUCACAGACUUCAUCAGCAACACCAAGCGGCUUGGGAUUUCAGACACACAGAUCUUCUUCGCAGAGAUGAAGGAGGUGAAGUGGUACAAGAAGCUGUUCUAUCACCUGCUGGACAUCGCCAUCCUCAACUCCUACAUACUCUUUGUCCUGAAGACUGGAACAAGACCGCUGUAUCAGACCUUCCACCGACGGCUUAUCAGGCAGAUAUUUGAGAGGUUUGGGGGUGAGGCGGAGAAGCCCAAACUGAAGCCACUGAGCGACGAGAGCCUUCCAUUACGGUUCCUGCUCUCCAAAGGCCAUUUCGCUCGGCUGCUCAUUGAAAAGGAAGACAAGAAGGAGGUUCAGAAGAGCUGUUACGUCUGUGCCAACACCACACGCAGGCCCAAGAAACAAAAGGCCACGUGUUACUACUGUUCGGUGUGCGAGAUCCCGCUGUGCAUCGUUCCCUGCUUUGAAAAGUACCACACCAUCAAGGAGUUCUAAGAGAGGUGAUUAAUGGGGGUUGUAUGGCGAGUGCAGGCAGUGGAAAAGAGUUAUUUGAGGAGUGCUUGUGGUGUGAGUAGAAUGGAUGGAAUGAAUAAUGAAAGUGUGUACGAGCAUUUUGAAAUGUGUCAUGUGGGUGAAGGGAAGAAGUGUGGAGUGGUGGAAGAAGUGGAGCGACAGACUUUAAAGUGGUUUGGCCACAUGGAGCGAAUGAAGGAGAGUAAGAUGACCAGAAGGGUGUAUGUGAGUGAGAUAGAGGGAGGGAAUGCUAGAGGACGACCUCCAGUGAAAUGGAGGGAUAGGGUGCAGGAGUAUGUCAGGGAGAGAGGGGGAAGAUCCUUGAGAAACUUUGAUCAGGCAAGGAGGGAGUUUCUGUAUAGAGAGAGAUGGAAACUCUUCUGCUGUGGCCAUCCCCUGGUAGGAGCUCCUAGGAGCAGGCGUCCAGGAUGAAUGAAUGAAAAAGGUAUGUCUAGAAUAUAUUUAGGGCAUUUGUCUUUAUGGUACCUGUCUAGAUUUUUAUAUUUGGGUUCUGUUUAUUUAUUUCUAGUUUCUGGUUUUGAUUACAUGGCGAGAAAGUUUAUUUUGGGUCACUUAUUUCUAUGAUACGCUAUCUAGAUUUUGUUUCUAUUUUGGUUUGGUUUAUCUGUAGAGUUUCAGGUUUUAUCCCUUAUCAGGUUCUCAUUUGUGCCAUAUCUGCUGUUAUUUAUUAUUUUUAUAUUUACUUUCUUACACCACUGGACCACUGGAAGCAGCUCAAGGGCAUUAAAAACUAAACAAAGAUGCCUGUUAACCCCUACGGGACAGGGAGCGGCGAUCGCCUCUCGGUUGACAGAGGACAGGUGGCGGUGAUCGCCGCUCUGCUUAUAUUUCGCCCAUGUUAGCCAUUUUCCCAAAUUUUUUCCUCCCCAUAUAUGUCAACACUUGUCCUGAGUACUUCUAUCAUCGAGUCAGUGCGUCUGAGGCUUUCUUAGUGGGUGGACAUGUGCAAAUAGAAUAUCUGUGUUCGAAACGCCUCGUCAGUCUGUGCGGCCAGUGGCUACGUCCACUCCAAUAGCUAAUUCAUCACGUACUGAUCGCUCAAGUGCUAGACCUUCCGACAGUGCAAUAGAACAUGAACUUGAUAUUUCUAUUGUAACUCUAGAAAGUGAUUCUGAGUGGAGUGACUGAUUCUGAGUGGCAUAAUACAAGUAGCGAUGAUGACGGGGCAACCACCUCAGGUCCACCAGCUCUGACCACGUGCACUGCUGCGACAUGUUCCACACCUGUUACAGCCCCGUCCACCAGUGGGCAGGAAAUGACAGGGCCAAACUCUAUAUAUACCAAGUCAAGUCACUGCCUUCAAAAUUGCUACUAGCAUGUGCAGGGGGUGGUUUGGGGUGGAGCUGCGGGGUGACGUCAUUUGAAUCCAAAUACCCGCCAGUUCACGGGUGACUAAAGCUGCGGCCGUGUGUGCACUUUGGAUGUGGUCUCUCGUCUUCUUUCACCGCGCGUUCAGGCAAGCCAUCGACGAAAAAAUAUGCCUUUUUAUUGAGCUAUGUGCGACUGUAAUUCCACUGCCUACAAAUGGCGGUGUGAGGGGGUGGGGGGGCAUGUUGAAGUGAUUGAUUUAAAUUAGUCCGCCUUUCUUCGUUUUCUCUAAAUCCCAGUUUCUACAUUCUCUAGUUUGUCCCCAAGCAACGUCCUCCCACAAAACUGCGUAUGACUUGACUUGGUAUAUAUAGACUUUGGAAAAGGCAGCCUUCUGCUCCCCUUACAUCUUCGCUACGUUCUUCUCCACCUGUAUCUCCUCCAAGGCCCAGGAGGAGGAUUGAGUUUGCAUUAUCCUCUUCCUCUGCUGAAUCUACUCCUCCCAGAAGUGAUGCAAGAGGCCAUACAUGAGAAAGAGCAGGCAGAAGAGGAAUAAGAAGGAGGAGAGCGAGACAAACAUGAGUUGGGAGGGGAAGGAGAGUGGGGGAUGAUAACGUUAUCACACCUCCACAGCGUGUUAGUCUGAGCCAUAGCAAGCCAGAGUCGAGAAAGAAAACGGACACUGACUCGGUCACCAAAUAUCUGCAGUAAUUACUCCCAUCCAACACACUGUAUCUCAAUAACUACAGAAUCGAGACACUUUGGGAAGAUUCCAUUUGAAAGAGGAAGAGUUAAUGAUAGUCAGAAGGCAUAUUUCAUUCACCUCGUUUCUCUAGUUAAAUAGUAUUGAUAAAGUGAAUGUCGAUGAAAAUAAGAGAUUGACGCGUGUUUGCCUGUACACCGAGACAGGAAAUUACAACCCGGCCUGUCCCGUAGGGGUUAAGCAUCAUAUAUAUAGUCAUUAUGUAUUACCACUUUAUCUGAUGUUUGCUUUGUUCUUUUUGUUAUCGUUAAGGUUUAGUAUGAGGUGCAGUCUUUCAUGCCCCUCGCAACCUCAGUAAAAAAUAAAGGUGUUUUCGUCUUGGCUCAGUAAGUGUGACGAGCCCAGCAGGUGACCUUAAUAAUUGAACCAUGUACCUGAUUAUGAUGGUAGUGAUGCUGACAGUGAUGAUUGUGAAGGUUUGUUACGGGAGUGUUCUUCGCUGUCAUCAUCCUUCACUCCUUUGUUGUGUUUCUUGAUCUUUUUCCUCUCUCCCACAAUCCCCUCGUCCUCUUUCUCCUCACUCUCACAAUCCCCUCAUUCUCUUUCUCCUCUCUCUCACAAUCCCUUUCCUUCUUUCUCCUCUCUCCCACAAUCCCCUUCCCUCUUUCUCCUCUCUCUCACAAUCCCUUUCCCUCUUUCUCCUCUCUCCCACAAUCCCCUUCAUUCUUUCUCCUCUCUCUCACAAUCCCCUCACUCUCUUUCUCCUCUCUCUCACAAUCCCCUCACUCAUUCUCCUCUCUCUCACAAUCCCCUCACUCAUUCUCCUCUCUCUCACAAUCCCCUCACUCUCUUUCUCCUCUCUCUCACAAUCCCCUCACUCUCUUUCUCCUCUCUCUCACAAUCCCCUCACUCUCUUUCUCCUCUCUCUCACAAUCCCCUCACUCUCUUUCUCCUCUCUCUCACAAUCCCCUCACUCUCUUUCUCCUCUCUCUCACAAUCCCCUCACUCUCUUUCUGACAUUUGGCAUCACCAGAAACCAUCCUUCGAAGUUCUCAGGUGCAGUUGUGGAACACCUGAUGUAAAAGACAUAUUUUGUACAUUAAUAACUGGUAUACCAGUCCAGCUCUGGCAAAAUAUUUGCUAGACCAUAACAGUGGCACAGUGGGAACAGUAAAGGCAAAUAGAAAAUCCAUGCCCAAAUUUGAUAAAACAAGAAAAGGUGAUGUAAAGAAAUAUCAAAGCAAUGACACGUUGGUGAUCAAGUGGCAUGAAAAAAGAGAAGUGCACAUCAUCUCCACUGUGCACACUGGCAGGAUGGUAGACACAGGCAAACGUCACUGGCAAACAAGAGAAAACAUUUUCAAGCUGGAUGCUGUCAUAGACUAUAAUGCCAAGUUUCAAGUAUAUAUGUUUUAUUUUGAAUUUUGUAUGAAUACUCUUAUGUAAAAAAUCAUGUUUGCGGCUACAGUAAACCCCCGUGAUAUCGCGGUUUUGUUUACACAGUCUCAGUA